GCUUUUUCUUUUUUACAUAGACUGGGAAGAUCUCAUCAGACAGCUUCCAAAAAAGCUUUUUUGAAUGGGCUGCUGUACAAUAUGAGGUUGACUCCACCUGCAAGGAGGAGAAAUUCAUCUGUCCUGCCUGUACCCCGGCAAUGCUUGCUGUCUCGGUGGAUGGAAACCGCAAGCAUUACCGCUUCAAAAGUACAGCAAGAUCUCAGGAGCGGGCCAUCUUUGACGGUGUCUUCAUUGCAAAAGAUGAAGAUGUGACCAGAUUUGUGGAUCACAUCCACAGCAAAAAUAAACAUGUCGCUGGAAGGAGCAAUUGUGGUGGGGAGUGGUCAGCUGCCAGAGAGACCUCCCAAAGAUCAAGCAGUAAGGUGGAUGAGACGGGACUGGAGCUGGCAGUGUGCAGGCAUGGUGUCUUGCUGGCUGCCCUUAAUAUGUUUAGGGGUGAAAUAUUUGCAUACCCCAUGUUUUUGCAGCAGCUGCUGGCAUCCAAACAUGACGUCACCUUUUUUUGUAUGGAUGUUGUGUGCAAAUAUUGGCCAUACCUGCAAAGAAUAAGUACCAACUGUCCCGAGCUCCAGCCCCUUCAGAAUAUGAGGCCCUUCCUGUCGGUCGUACAUGCUAAAGCGCAUGACUUCAAAUGUGAGGUGAAAUGGAGUGGCACAAACCAAGAAGGUGCUGGUAAAACACUAGGGGAGGAAGUAGAGCAAUGUAAUGCUUUCCUCUCCAGGAUAGCAGUCACCACAAAGCAUAUGUCAAAAGCAGGACGCAAUGACAUGCUGACACUCCUGGCCAUAAGAUGGAACCAGCAGAAAUGUCAAAACCUGGCUACUGGACUUUCCCAGAGAUACCAUAAGGUAAAUAGAAACAAUAUUAUUAUGCAGCAAUGGCACAAUGUAAGUCAAUGAAACGCACAUACAGUUUUGUGCACAUAGGCUUGUGAUACAUGAUAGUUACAACAUUUGCAUAAUUUGAGUUGCAUUUAUACACUGUACACGUUGUACUGACUUUUAGCUUAUGGUAAUGAUUGUCAUUUUAGACAUCUAAAGCUCUCA